CAACGUAGUGUUCUGGAGCUAGCUACCAAGAAGCCAUAAUGUGCUCCCUCGUCGUCAUCCUCCUCUUGUCCAUUAGUUCCUCGGUUGCCCAUGGCGCCGGAGCAGGUCGCCAGCGCUACCAUGUGGUGGCGAGCAGCCACUUGGAGCCCAAAUCCUUCUGCUCCGGCCUCAAGGUGGCUCCAUCGGCCGAGGGUACGUGGGUGCCGCUGCACCGUCCGUUCGGCCCCUGCUCGCCGUCCGCCGGCAGGGUACCGGUGCCGUCCUUGCUGGAGAUGCUCCGGUGGGACCAGGUUCGCACAGAGUAUGUCCGGAGGAAGGCCAGCGUCGGGGCGGAGGACGUGCUCAACCCAGCCAAGCCGCACGUGGAGAUGUAUCAGACGGACUUCAGUCUCCGUUCGCCCUUCGAGGUGGGCUCCGGCUCCGGCAGCUCGGCGCGGAUCGACGCCGACGGCGACCCCACGGUCGCGUCCCAGCAGACCAUGGCCAUCGACACGACCGUGGACGUGCCGUGGAUCCAGUGCGCCCCCUGCCCCAUCCCCCAGUGCUACCCGCAGCGGGACCCCUUGUUCGACCCCAGCACGUCGAGCACCGCCGCGGCCGUCCGCUGCAGCUCGCCCGCCUGCCGCUCCCUCGGCCCCUACGGCAACGGCUGCUCCAACACGUCCGCCAACGCCGAGUGCCGGUACCUCAUCGAGUACAGCGACGACCGCGCCACCGCCGGGACGUACAUGACCGACACGCUCACCAUCAGCGGCAGCACCACCGUCCGCAACUUCCGGUUCGGGUGCAGCCACGCCGUGCGCGGCAAGUUCAGCGACCUCACCGCCGGGACCAUGUCCCUCGGUGGCGGCGCCCAGUCGCUCCUCGCCCAGACGGCCCGCUCCCUGGGCAAUGCCUUCUCCUACUGCGUCCCGCCGGCCAGCGCCUCCGGCUUCCUCUCCAUCGGCGGGCCAGUGACGACCAACUCCACGACCGUGUUCGCCACCACGCCACUUGUCAGGAGCGCCAUCAACCCGAGCCUGUACCUUGUGCGGCUCCAGGGCAUCGUCGUGGCGGGGCGCCGGCUCAGGAUCCAGCCGGUGGUCUUCUCCGCCGGGGCGGUCAUGGACUCGAGCGCCGUCAUCACGCAGCUGCCCCCCACCGCAUACCGCGCGCUGCGCCGGGCCUUCAGGAGCGCCAUGAGGGCGUACCCGAGGAGCGGGGCCACGGGGACCCUGGACACCUGCUACGACUUCCUGGGGCUGACCAACGUGAGGGUGCCCGCCGUGUCCCUGGUGUUCGGCGGCGGCGCCGUGGUGGUGCUGGACCCGCCGGCCGUGAUGCUCGGGGGAUGCCUCGCCUUCACGGCCACCUCCUCGGACCUGGCUCUCGGCUUCAUCGGCAACGUGCAGCAGCAGACGCACGAGGUGCUCUACGACGUCGCCGCUGGGGGUGUCGGCUUCCGCCGUGGCGGCUGUUAGUGUUCGACGGCAUAAUCCCGUUGCCGUACGUUUGCUUAAGCUGUCUUGCUAGUGAAUUAAAGAGCCAUGCAUCGUGUGCUUGGCCGCUGUAUCUCUAUCUCGUAGCGUAGUAGAGGUAGGGUAGCUACCAGGAUGAGUUCGUGGGAUGGCACGAGCUCCAGUCUUUUAUGCAUGUGUUGUAACCUGUAAUUGAAGGAGACCCAUAAAUCAGAGAAAAUGCUGUAAGCUUUACACAGCGCCAAACCA